GAGGUGCACGCCCAGACACACCGCGCGCACACAGCCAGCGAUGAUGAUGAUGAUAUAGUCGCUCUCGCUCACUCGCUCGCUCUCCUGCGCGCCCCCCAACACGCGGACACGCGCGCAUUAACCUGGCCACGUGCGCGCGCACGGACACACACACAUAGACACACACACGGACAGACACACACGGACACACACACACUCACCUACACACUCGCUCACUUACACAAUUACUCCACUCAGAACAAAUGUCAAUCGCGGCUUUGCGGUUUUUUGCGCGCGCCACGGUUUAGCUAUUAGACACCGGGCCGAGAGACGGAGAGUACGAAUAAUAAGUAGGAAAAAAAUAAGAAAAAGCAAGACGUAGAAGAAAGAAGGUGGGGGGGGGGGGUGGCGGGGGUGCGGUGGGUGGUGAUGGUGGGUGGUGGUAGUAGUGGUGGUGGUGGUAGUGGUGGCAUUACAAAACGAGCAACAUAAAACUAUUAACAAAGUUACAUCAGCGCUUUUGCGCGCGCGCGCACGCUUGUCUGUCUCUAUAUAUACGAGGCCGCGGCUUCUGCUGUGGCAUCUGCAGCCCGAAUGCGGAUCACGUCGGACGAAAGAUCCGGGGCGACAAUCAGCGAGUCAUGCGGAGACCGCGCGUGGAGGAGACGACAGAAGAACGAUCUCUCUCUCUCUCUCCACCGAGGGACGAAAACUGUUUGAGCAGCGCCGAGCUGCGUGACUGAACCGGGACACAGUCGCGCCUCAGCAGCACAACGAGAGACAAUCCAUCCCGGCUGCAUCAUUAUCAGCAGCAAGCAGCAAGCAAGCAAGCAUCAAGACACCUCGGACGCUCAACUCGUAUCAGCAGUCGACCCGUUGCGCGCGCACACACCGCGAACUGCCAAGCGCGAGGCGAGUCGGCGACACGGACAGCAUCAUGUAUGCGCGCAUCAGCCGCUGGAUACUGCAUUGCCUCCUGACUGUUGCGGUCUUCUACUUUCGUAUCGGGGCACUUUCCACGGUCAUGGCACUGGGCGCGAACAUCAUCUGCAACAAGAUCCCGGGACUGGCGCCACGGCAGCGGGCACUGUGCCAGAGCCGUCCGGACGCGAUCAUCGUGAUCGGCGAGGGCGCGCAGCUGGGAAUCAGCGAGUGCCAGCACCAGUUCCGAUUCGGCCGCUGGAAUUGCUCGGCGCUGGGUGAGAAGACGGUGUUCGGCCAGGAGCUCAAAGUUGCAGGUAGCCGAGAAGCGGCCUUCACGCACGCGGUGCUCUCGGCCGGAGUCGCGUACGCCAUCACGGCGGCGUGCAGCCAGGGCAACCUGAGCGAGUGCGGCUGCGACCGCGCCAAGCAGGGCUUCUACACCGCGCAGGAGGGCUGGCGCUGGGGCGGCUGCUCGGCCGACCUUCGCUACGGCCUCGAGUUCUCGCGCCUCUUCGUGGACGCGCGCGAGGUCAAGCAGAACGCGCGCACGCUCAUGAACCUGCACAACAACGCCGCAGGGCGCAAGGUGCUGGAGGAGAAGAUGAAGCUGGAGUGCAAGUGCCACGGCGUGUCGGGCUCGUGCACCACCAAGACGUGCUGGACCACGCUGCCCAAGUUCCGCGAGGUGGGCUACGCGCUCAAGGACAAGUACGACGAGGCGGUCCACGUGGAGCCGGUGCGCGCCAGCCGCUACCGCUACCCCGUCUUCCUCAAGGUGAAGCGCUCGCGCGCCUACCGCAAGCCGCUCGACACGGAGCUCGUGUUCACCGAGCGCUCGCCCAACUACUGCGAGGAGGACCAGCUGACUGGCAGCGUGGGCACGCGCGGCCGCCUCUGCAACCGCACGUCGCCGCACGCCGACGGCUGCGACCUACUGUGCUGCGGCCGCGGCUACAACACGCACCAGUACACGCGCGCGUGGCAGUGCAACUGCAAGUUCCACUGGUGCUGCUACGUGCGCUGCAGCACGUGCAGCGAGAGGACAGAGGAGUACACGUGCAAGUGACGGCGGCGGCGGCGGCGGAUCGCUCGCUCGCUCGCUGGGACGCUCGCCCCGACUCUUCCGCAGGCUCGAUCGCUCGCCGGGUCGAUUGUCGGCCGUGCCCCCCCACCCCCCCCACCACGAGCAUCGCUGACCAACAAUUGUGCCCGGACAAAAGUGGCAGCGGAUGUCGCUGCGCAAUGGGACGGCUGUCGUUCCGCACCUGGCAGUUGCCCUCAACUCGCCCACCCCACCCCACUCACCACCUCACUCACCCCACUCACCACCCCACCCACCGACACCCUGCGUGAUUGCCGAAGCGGGGGGGGGGCUAUGCGGGUCCCUGCACGAGGGAGCUCUCCAAUCGGCUCCCGAGCCUGGGACAAAGUGGCCACUCAGAUCUCAGCAUGAUGGGAGAGUGAGGAGUCGUCGACUGUUCCACAUCGCUCACUGUGCCCUCCCCCAUCACCACUGCCCCUCCAACCACAUGCCGCUUCUCCGAGGACCCACAAAUCCCGCUAUGUCGCUGGCACAGGGCGCAGCAUCUCCCGGUGUCUCCCAGCGUCCCCCCGGCGAGCCUUUCGAACACGGGGGAGACGGGUGGACCCGACGGUCGUGUGUUUUAACAGGGGAAGGAGCGCACGCGGAAGGGCAUCGUCCAAGACGAGAUGCCCUCAUUUGGGAAACGAAAGGACAGUAGUGAUCGUAGGAAGCGCGGGGCCCCGCGCGGCUUUGCCUUUGAUUUGCACACCUCACCGACGGCGCUCGCAGAAGCCGAGCUUCGGGGGAACGAGCGAACCGCUUGCCCCGGCGAUGGCCCUGGCGGUUCGCCGUGCGCGGGGUGCCGAAGACUGCCAGAGGCGAGCGGGAGGCCCUGCCGUGGUGGAGACAUUGAUUCGCUGACCUUGUGACAUUUGAGUCGCGCGGUGGCGAGAGAAGCAGCAGGCCACAGAUCCAGUGGCCGAGGCCGAGGGUCGCCAAGGCCCGUUGUGGUGUUGGAUACAAAGCUAUCGUUUGUCGGCUAGGGGAGAUUAAAAAACACACAUUAUAAGCGUGUAAUGUAUAACGUGUUGCGACUUACUAAUUCUUGACAGAUUGUUUUCUAAAAAGAAAUGUAUAAUUAUUAUAUGAUUAUUGAAAUGUUGCUAAUUUGACUUAUUUAGGAGCUUUGAAUUGAACAAAACGUCACUCAUUGCGGAUAAAUAUGACCAUAGCAUGAGGACAUUUUGUAUCGAUAAAAAACAGUGAAAGGUUAUGCUACUGAUUAAAAACGAGAUGGCUGUGGAGGGGGGGGGGCGGGGGAUGUCCCAAUGUAAAUGUUAUUUUAGUUUGCGUCUCUCAACCUUUGCUAAUAAUCUCUUGCUCGCGUUAGGUUAAUUUAUUAAAACCGCUCGCGUCACGUCAAAGUUUGCGAAACGAACACUGUAAGCCACGGAUAUCCUGGACACGUGUGCACCCCCCCCCCCGCCCCCCGCGAUAAAAACACCCUGACAAAUGUUUUGUCUGCGCUCGAGAUUAUUAUUAUUAUUAUAUUAUUAUAAAAAAAAUCGCAGUCUGCAUGUCGAUUGCGAAAAAGCCAACGCUUUUUUUUUCAUUUUUUUUGUAUGAUUCGUAACUGUAUAUUUUCUUGUUUGGAUGAUUUAUUGAGCGGCGAGCGCGGUCCGACUAACCCGGCGGCGAUGAAACGACAAAAAAUGUUGCCGUCGUCAUGGUUCUUAUCGGCUUGAAAAUGGGGCGGAGCGCUGACAUGGGCGCUUUGGAUUUUUGUAAUUUUUUCAUUAGGGCUUUUUUUGUAAUUCAUAUGUUUGAAGUCUAAGCGGUACAGGGUGGCUUGUGUCUGCGGCCUGCAGAGUGAUACCACUUGCACAAAAUGGUCAUCUGUCCGUACUUACAAAGGGCUACUGUAAGAUACCUUUCCACGCUAGCGAUGUAAUUAUAUAUUUAGCGAGAGAAUAUUUUUAUAUAAAUAUUUUAUUUAUACCUUUUUUUGUCCUCUAAUUUCCCUCCCCACCCCCACCCCACCCUUCUUCCCGCCGUGCCACGCACCCACUCGCCCCUCCUGGAUUUUGACCUCUCGGCGAGCGAAAACAAAAGGGCCCCCGACGGUGGCUUCGUUUUGCGCACACGACGACGCUUCGAGGGGCUGAUUCCAGUGAGACGUUGCCACCUGACACGCUGCCGCCACCUCCUACCGGAGACGCCCGCUUGCAGUUAUCCUCAAGUGGACCCGUGUCCCCCUUCCGUAGUGAUAUCUGCUUUGAAGGUCAAAGGACAUUGGCCCGAGCCGGUUCACUCAGCAGUCGUUGGCCACGUUGCUUCGUAAAACCGUGUGGGGACCCGGGUUCAACAACUUGCGAUCUGGGCUAUUGAGUUGUGUUUUUCGGUGGGGCCUCUGUGCAAAAUGCCGAAUGAAAGCCACCUCUCAGUCCCAGGGCAAACUGCCCCAACCUCCACCCCAACCUCCACCCCAACCUCCACCCCAACCUCCACCCCAACCUCCACCCCAACCCCCACCUCCACCCCCACCCCGACUGCCCCGAUCCCUAUGGCCCUGCUCCUGCCAGUGAUGGCACUUGAGACUAAUUGAAAAAAAAAAUCGUUUAAAUUACACUUCAGCUUUCAAACAGUUAAUACCCAUGCACCGUGGCAGCGCAGUGUAGACGUGAAUGGCAACACAACAAUGAACGUGCAUGUCAGGCGAAUAAACAAAUGUAAUUCGUCGUUUCACAAUUUUAUUUCAACGGGACUUCUCGAACGACACGCUCCAUGACCCCCCCACCAUGGUUCACAUGUUCACAGUUGGCAAUCUUCUCCAGUGACAAAAAACAAAACAAAAUUCAGCACCCGCACACUACCCACACCCGAUGCUUUGGAAAACGUCGAAAACAUCUGUAACGUUGGUGGGCCGUGAGGAAGGGGAGUUUCAUCAGUCCCGCGUUAAACGAGAAACCUGCCUUUAAUUUUGCAUCACGCAAUGCGGGUCCCACAGGCGGCAUCCGUUGGUUUCAUCUUGAGCCACACAUCCAGGUCACCGUCCAAAUCUCGAGGAUCGAGUCGGAUGUAAAAUCAGAGUCAGGCUCUUUAUUAAGACUGGAAGAAUCCGAUGAGCUAUGAAGCUCUUUGUCACGCAUGUCCGGUAGAGGCGAGUUGGUACGUUACAACAGCAAACGAUGCACACAAAACACGGAUAGGAGUGCAAAGUACAGGAACGCUAAGCAAGUCACUCAAAGUAAAUAAAGUGUGUAGGUGACAUUAAAGCACAUUUGUGCGUUCAUCAGUUUCGUCUUUCUUUAAAAGAAAAAUGAUAAAAAAAAAAACGAUUGCCCACAUAGUAAGGGGCUGUUAUUUGUUUUUUUUAUGUAUUUUCUUCGAAACAUAUCGUCUCUGGUCGAUGUCACUAAACCCUACAUGUUUAAAUUUCCUGCUGAUAAUUGCGCGUUUGGAAGCUUGCAGCCCUCUCUGUCCGCUGUAAAAUUCACUCGAGAGGUCCGUCUCGAUACGUUCCCUCGACCGUUCUUUCCUCGGAUUCGCUGCGAGCAUCAUCGACACCCCCUCACCCCCCCCCCCGUUGCACUGGAGCGGAGUGCCAUUAA